AUGCCUCUCUACAACAAGCGUCCAUGGGAAAAGAUUUCGCCACCAAAGGGAUUGGCACCCGACAUCAAAGUCUACUACUGCGAGGCCACAGAUGAAAUCUUCACAUCAUAUGAUGAAUUCUUCGACCGCUUGAUGGAGUUGAAUUCAACGGUGUGGUCAUGCGAGUACACCAACAAGUCAAAUCUCACAUUUUUCGAGGCGCUCGAGUCGGAACAAGAUGCUAUGAAACAACUCGGCCAGUUCCCACAAUACCUCGAGAUUCCAAUUUUGUGGCUUGUCCAGGAGCUGACUUGCAGGGGCCGAUUUGAAGAUCUUCUCAACGAUGUGUACAAUUUUUUGAAAGACAGAUAUUUUAUCGGUGAAGAGGUGACAUUGAGUGAAGGAAAGAAGCCGGCUACUGUUAUUGGCAUCACCGUGGAUACAAACAAUUACAAGGAGCCCGCUGAAAAGCUAAAGGACAUGCACGCGCCGUCUCCAGAAGCCUACAGUUACACCCUUCGGAUACAUGGAGUAGAGGGAGAAAAUCGAGAGAAAACUGGAGUUCAAUACAUGAAUAUAUACCGCAACAAACGGGUGCUGGGUCGACAAAACUUGAAGCUCUUCUUGAAGAAUAAAUGCUCUGUGCGAAAUCAAGAAGGAGAGCGAUAUGUUGUUUUGGAUAAAUACUUGAACCGGCACGGCAUAUCUGAGCGCAAGUGGGCAGAUUUGUUUGCUGGACCGUUGCCCAAAGAUGAAGCACAUGCCGACGACGAUGCCAGUGAAAAGGGUGAUAAACCGGAGAAAUCAAAAACUCCAAAAGCCUCAAGACAUUCGAAGAAGACACCAAAGGCUGAGAAGUCUGAACAAAGCAGCCCCUCAAAGAAACCGUUGUCAGAGAAGAAAAAGGUUCAGAUUAAGCAACAACAAGCCGAGCUACACAUCACAUUUGAGAAAGCCAAACGAGCGGGAGUUGAAAAUUUGGAGAAAUGGCAACAAACCGAGAAGUUCCUUUCGAAGAGGAAUAUUGACGAGUUGAACGAGGCGAUCAAGGAAGCACGGAAACGGGAGCAAGAGAAACACCGCAAGAAGAAGGAGGCACUACAGAGCUGGGCCCGCAAACGAGACGAUCUUGAGUGUGAUGAUUUGAAGCCAAUGCCUAAUUUGCCCCAAAUCCCACUUCCGGAAUGGCUCUCCGAUAAGAUGUUUGGAAAAAUGCUUGACGUACUCCAGUUCUUUGCCUCGUUUGCCGAAUUCUUGCCAAUCAAGGAGAAGAAAAGCACAACACGAGUCACUCUUUCGGAUGUGGUGGUUGCCUUGCGAUGUCGAGAUCCACGAAACUCUACAUUCUCAAUUCUGAUGGAAAUUUUACUGAAGGCACGUGCUGAGAUUUGCGACGAAGAAGAAGGAGAUGAAGUGGAUUUUUCACGAAGGGAUGAGGUGGUGAUGGAGAUGAAUCCCGAUUAUGAGCAUCCUGAGCACGGUGCCGAGUUGAAAACGAUGACCCGUUUGCACGAGGAAAUACGAUACACUCUUGGCUCUUCUGUUCGCAAUUUGUACACUGAUUGGUUGUCGAUAACGGAAGUGCUGCGACUGCUAUUCUUGACGAGCGGCUAUGUGACGCGCUCCGGGAAACAUAGACAUAGGCUCUUUCAACGAGGAUCGAUCCGCUUUUAUGAAGACCCGGCCUACAUGUACCGAAUAGAACAUCCAGAUGUGAUAAGGAAACUUGAAGUGAGUACCGUGUUUGAUUUGGAGCCCGAGGAGAGAUUGGAUCUACUUCAUGUCAUCAUUCAACAACUUUUGACUUACGCGAAGAUUAGAAACCAUGCCACUGAACGCGUUGAGGAGAUUUGCACCCAACGAAUCGAGCUGAGGAAGUUGAAGAACUGGGACACUAAGCAAGAAGCGGAAGCAAAAGAUGCUCGCUUGUUGAGAGAAAUGGAGGCUGAGGGUAACGAAGUGAACAUUCCGAAGACUUCAAAAGACUCGAUGAAACUGAAAGCAAUGCUCAAAGCAGCACAAGAGGGACGAAGACACGACAAAGAAGAAUUGCGCAAAAUUCUACUAGCUGGCAUUGCAUGGCUCGAAUUUGAUCUUGGUGAAAUUUGCUUCGCGAGAGAGCUCCAGAAAACACUUGUGCAAGAAGCGAUUGAGGAUAUGCGAGCCGACAUCUUUGAAGUUUCAAGUCUGUUCGGCCCGUGCUCUCUUGGAAGAGAUCGUGCUUUUAGAAAUUACUUUGUUUGUGAUCAGAUACCGAUCUUGUUGGUUGAGAAUCCUGGUAGAGGAGAUCGAAUUGGCAGCUGUCAAGCAGAAGCAACUCCGUGCAAAAAUAUGGGCGAGCAUUUGGCAGAAGACGAUUGGCGUCAAGAGGUCUUUGCUUGUACGGCAAAAAUGGAAAAUUGUCCAGUCCAUGGAUUGAAAGCCCAACAACGACCAAAAUGGACCUAUGUUCAAUCACUGGAGCAAUUGGAAGAAGUGUUGAGUGCUUGCAAUCCUCGUGGUUUUCGAGAAAUUGCUUUGGUCGAAGAGAUCAACUACUUGAAGCCUCAAUUGCAUGAACUGGUUGAGAAAACGAACAAUAAGGCUAAUAACGGACAACUUUCUCAAUCUUUUAUGGAAAUGGCAGAGGAUCCAGCAAAACAAGAAAACUCGAUUAAAUGGCUCGAUGUGGUGAUCGAUAUGAUUUUGGAGCUGGAAGAAAAGAUGACAGAAGGCUUUCUUGGUCGACUCCCCAGCUACAUCAACAGAGAGGAGUGGCGAAAAAGUCUUGACGGAAACCGGCGACAUCACAUCGAUGCUACAAGGUUUGAAUUUAUAAUUGGCAUACCAAAACACCAUUUAGAUGACGUUGUUUGUGAAAUCAAGGAACGAGAAGUGCUUCACUCAAGAGAAAACUUUGAAUCGUUGACUGAUAUUCAAAAGGUUGGAAUCGCUUUUCUGCAAGUCGUCCAAGCGAUCAAUGCCAAAUACAUUAAGAAGCCGUUCACAAGGAUAGCUCCGGGCAGCGUCAUCGAGCCCACUUGGACAUUGAUUCACUGGAUGCGCUCUGUUGUUGACUGCAAAUCGCCAUUCAAUGGGAAAAAAGUAAAUUGCUGGCAAAGUGUCGCGUUUGUAGAAAGAAGGGAACACCGGAGGACCUUGUCGUUUGCUUUGGAGUGUGAUAAAUGUUACCAUUUGGACUGUGCUCGACCAAGGCUGAAAGAAGUUGUCAAUCCCUAUUCGUGCCAAGAUUGCCGAGUUGAAGAAGAGGUGCAACCCGAAGAAAAUUCUGCUGAGAAAAACAAAACAAAUGGGCAUGCUAACGGUCACGUAAGCGAUGAUGAAAUGGAUGGGAAUGACGAGAAUGAAGCAAGUCAAUCGUCAAACGAAAACAGUUUGUCGGUGGUGCGUACUUCGUCAGGCAGAAAAGUCAAACGAGCAGAGUACAACAUCGAGCGGUUAUCAUCAUUGGCACCACCAAAGAAAAAGAUUGCUCGGCAGGAUAGUAACGCGGACUCAAGUGUAACAAAUGGGUCGGGCAAUCAGGAAGACGAUUCGAUGAAGGGAGAUGAUGAGACUGAAGACUCCCAGAGUGCUGAUGAGGAUACCUGUUCGGAGUCGGAUUAUGACGGGAGAAGAAAAAGCAAACGCCAGGUGGCUGCUCAGCGUCGAAGUACAAAGAAUACAAGUGUGAAUGAUAGCUCAAUGAUGUCGAACAGAUCGUUUGGCCUGGGGUUGAGGGACUCGGAUCCAAAUUUGAAGGAGAAGAUCAAGAAGCUGGAGGAUGUGAUCCGGUUGGCGAUGAGGGAAGAGUAUGCUUGGCCGUUCCUUGAGCCAGUUGAUCCAAAAGAGGUUCCCGAUUAUCGUGAUGUGAUCAAGAAACCAAUGGAUCUUCGAACAAUCAUCAACAAGCUAAAAAUCACGACUACGACUCGGCUGAGCAGAUCAAAGAUGAUGCUCUCUUGUGAGAUUUAUGAUUGUGCUGUGCAACUAGAGGAAUUCUGGGGCAAGCACCUUCAACCGAUCUUCCACGACAAUUCCGGCCGACGGCGUUCUUGUAGAGUCGACUUUGAAAAG